AUGAAGACAGAGAUUUUGGAUAAAAUUGCACAGGCAGUUUUUGAAAUUAAAGGCUACCCCGAGAAAGAUGAGCUUGAGUCACUUGCUUCUGCGCUGGUUCUCAAGUAUCCAUGUCUGAAGGAGCCAGGUAGCAUCACAGGCUACGAGGGAUGGAAAGCAAGUAUCAAACACAAACUUGGAAACUGCAGAUCAAAGCUUCGUCAAGCAGGCUGCAAUGAGGUAAAUGUAAACAGGAAAAGAAAAGGGAGAGAUGAAGAGGGCAGUACUUUCACCCUUAAAAAGCCCAAACGUGGAGAGGUCAAUCAUGUCCCAGAUCAUCCACAACAUGAUGAUUCUACUCUUGAAAAGGAAAGAGUUGCUUUGGUCGAUGAAAUGAAGAAGAAACAAAAGAACAUAACAGUCAUACAGCAGAAGAUGGCGCUGACAUUUUCCCUCAGGCGGAGAGAGGUCGUGGAGUGUCAACCUAUGGUAUCUGAGGUCCAGGAGAGAUGGCCUGCACUGUUUUCCUCUGAGGAGAUAUCUGAAGAAUUUCAUCGCAUCACGAGCAAAGACCUUCUGGGGACUUUCAAUGCAUCCCUUGACAAAUUUGUGCCUGGCCUGCUGAAACUGUACCGGUCUAAGAAGGGAGCUCUUGGUGAGAAGAUGGAAGACCUCCUGGAUAAACUUGAUGAACAGACAUCCAACAUUAUGUCCCACCGAAAGACAGCAGCACUGAGAGGCCUGCCCAUUUUCUUCCGAGAAGAUGCAACAAAGGUUUUCCUAAAGUGCUUG